GCUACCAGCUCCUCACCAGAACGCGAGCUUGCGCUGUCGAUAAGCGCCCAACUUGUGACCAUGCACACGCUGUCGGCAACCCACCUUAAGGCUCCUCGCCUGGCUGCUACACCACGGAGGCUUCAAGCUCUAGCCACAGUCCCCCGCGCAGCGGCAGUAGGGGGCCCCGUGGCAACCCGGCCUCUGCUUCUUCACGCGGGCGAGACGACGAUUUCGCUGCCCUUUUCCAACGAAAAGGCACAAGAGCUCCAGGUCGCCAUCCAGAAGCUGUUUCAGACAUUUGCGGAGAAGCAGAAAGCGCAAAGGCCAAAGCGAUGGGACAUGAUGGAGUGGCAGCACAAGGACGAGCAAGUGGGCAUCGAGAUCUUCUGCAACCCUAACGCUCACACCACGGCCUUUGACGCCAAGCUGCUGGUCACGCUAUGGUCCCAGGGCGCCGUUAGCGGAAGCGGGCUCAAGGUGACGACGGAGGCGCGGCUGAGCACGUUCACCUCGGACCUCGACAGCUUGCUGCAGGGCUGAGCGGAGCUGGGGUAAAGCCCCGAAGACCACGGACAGAUUAGAGAGCAUGAGGAGGCUCAGUGAAAGGCAGGCCAGAGUAUGAGGGCUGAGGGGUGUAGCCGUCCAUGGAAGACGGAGACGGAGGCCGAGGGGGUGGGAGCGCAGAUGGAGCGGUGGCCAAGGUGCGGCGGCAUAGAGUGGUGGGCUAAGUGCCCUACCGGCUGAAGUGGACCUGGUCGCAGGCCGGGUCGUGCAUGGGAGGGCCCGUGGCCCUGGAGGUGCUGCACCGCUGGUUGAUGCUAAAGUGGGCUGGCUGCUGUCAUGUGUGCGGGUCAUGUGCGUAGAUGGUCUGAAUGGCAAGCUUGUAUGUACUGUGGACAUACAUUUGGGUGAUGGUGGGGGCUUGGGAUGUGGUCCGACUCUAUUGCUACGGUAGUGCUGCAUUGUAGAAGCGUUUGCUAUCGGCCUAUCGCCAUGGGGGUACCGUCGCUACUGCUGCCGGGCUGCGGCUGGCCGCGGCGGCGCAGCAUGCUAGUGCUCGAACUUGUGCCCGACUUGUGCGAGGUUGGAACCAGGAAGGCGGUACGGUACUUAGCGGCUUGGUGAGACGGUGACUGGGCAGCAAUACAUUAGCACCCAAGAACCACCUGCCAAGCGUCACAGGCUCACAGUGCAUGCGCA